CCCUCCAAUUAACCCCGCUUGCGUGCCCGUUCAACGCCUGACCGUGGGGAGGAGGAAGAGAAGGGGGGAUUCAGAGAAGCAUCAGGGUAGCAGGAGAUGGCGUCCCCUCACCAAAUCCGCAGCCCCCGGUGCUGACUCCCUCGCCCGGGCUCGCCAAUCCUUAAAGACCCCGCGCGCGGCUUCCUUACGCCAGCUCGAUCCCCUCUCUCCUCUGCUUUCUGCUCGCGGCGGCCGCGGCACGCUUCGAUCGGGCCAAGUCCAAGCGCGCGAGCUGAGCUCGCCAGGCGCGGAGCGGCGUGCUGCGGGGAGACCGGGGAGAGGGGAGAAGGGGCUAUUGCUGGGUAGCGAUCGAGCUGCGGGCGGGGCGGGCGCCAUGAACUUCGCGGGGCGGCGGAAGUCGUCGCUCUCGGGCGCGGGCGCGGGCGCGGGCGCCGGGGCCGACGCGUUCGGUGGCGGGAAGCACGCCGCGGCGGCGUCGCUGCGCAAGGGCGGGCGGCUGCCGGUGUACGUGGCGAGCAUCUUCUUCUUCCUCUGCGUCAUCGUCAUGUACGGCGAGGACAUCCGGUCGCUCACGUUCGAGCCGCUCACAACGCGCGUGCCCGCGCCGACGGUGGUGCCGGGGGUGGCCUCGGGCGGCGCCGGCCGGAGGGUCGUCGUGCCGCGACGGGACAUCUCCUCCUCGGAGAAGCCCGCCGCCGUGCUGCAUCACAGCGACCAGGAGAAGCCGAAGCAGCAGCACGCGGUGACGACGACGACGGAGCCGAAGCCGCAGCGCGCGGUGACUACGGAGCCCGCGCCGGCGGUCGAGGCGCCGCAGAAGAAGGUCGCCACCAAGAGCAAGAAGAAGAAGCCCGCGGGCAAGAAGAAGGCGAGGCGGCAGCGCGCGGCGAAGAAGACGGUGGUGCCGCCGGCGCUGGGCGUGCCGGAGACGUGCGACCUGUCCAAGGGCCGGUGGGUGUUCGACAACACGAGCUACCCGCUGUACCGAGAGGAGGAGUGCGAGUUCCUGACGUCGCAGGUGACGUGCAUGAAGAACGGCCGCCGCGACGACACCUACCAGAAGUGGCGGUGGCAACCCAACGACUGCUCCAUGCCCAGGUUCGACGCGAAGCUGUUCAUGGAGAGGCUCCGGGGCAAGCGGUUCAUGUUCGUGGGGGACUCGCUGAACCGGAACCAGUGGGAGUCGAUGGUGUGCCUGGUGCAGUCGGCGGUCUCGCCGGGGAAGAAGUACGUCAGCUGGGAGGGCCAGCGCGUCGUCUUCCACGCCUGGGAGUUCAACGCGACGGUGGAGUUCUACUGGGCGCCGUUCCUGGUGGAGUCGAACUCGGACGACCCCAAGAUCCACAGCAUCCAGCACCGGAUCAUCAAGGCGGACACGAUCGCGGCGCACGCGGAGAACUGGCGCGGCGUCGACUACCUCGUCUUCAACACCUACAUCUGGUGGAUGAACACGCUCAACAUGAAAGUCACGAGACCGGGCGCGCAGAGCUGGGAGGAGCACGACGAGGUGGUGCGGAUGGAGGCGUACCGCAAGGUGCUCACGACGUGGGCCAACUGGGUGAACGAGAACGUCGACCCGGCGCGCACGUCCGUCUUCUUCAUGAGCAUGUCCCCGCUCCACAUCAGCCCGCAGGUGUGGGGCAACCCGGACGGGAUCCGUUGCGCCAAGGAGACGAUGCCGCUGCUGGAGUGGCACGGCCCGCUGUGGCUGGGCAUGGACUGGGACAUGUUCCACGAGGCGAAAAACGUCUCCCGGGCGGCGUCGCCCCGGGUGCCCAUCACGUUCGUGGACAUCACCACCAUGUCGGAGCGGCGCAAGGACGGGCACACCUCCGUGCACACCAUCCGGCAGGGGAAGGUGCUGGGGCCGGAGGAGCAGGCCGACCCCGGCACCUACGCCGACUGCAUCCACUGGUGCCUCCCCGGCGUGCCCGACAUCUGGAACCUCGUGCUCUACACACGGAUACUCUCCAGGCCAGCAAUCCAGUUCGGGUAAAACUGAUAGGAGAGUGAAGACAAACCUUCAGAUCACCAAUUCGAUUCAUACUUCAUAGGCUGGUUGGGCUGCAAGCAAUGGCUGGUUAUACGCAAUCAUCGGUUCUGAAAAGAAUUUUUCUCCUUUUCUUCGGAUUCUCUCUGGCCUUUUUCACCUGUCGAAAGAUGGCUUUAUUUGUUUAGGGAUGUUAGGUUAAGUGAAAAGAGACUGUGAAGAAUGGGCUGUGAGAUUAAUCACCCCAGAUCGAUCGAGCUGUAAAUUUCCAGGGGCAAAAAAAAAAAGAUGAAGUGAAAGAGAUGAACAGGAAUGGUUUACACGGAAA